AUGGAUGAAGAAACAAUGUUUGCUUUUGUUGGUCUAACCUUAGAGAAACCUAGUGAUGCAGUAGAGAAAAUGAAUUCUGAUCCAAUUGUUGAUGAGAUAAUGCACAUAACAGUUGAUGAUCAUAUUCCUAAUGAAGAGACUGUAUUUCAUGAUAUGGAAGACCCUCCGAUGGAUGUUGGAACCGUAUAUGCAAAUAUGAAUGAUUUCAGGAGAACAGUGAAGCAACAUGCUAUAAAGACUCAAUUUGAACUAGGAACGGAGAAAUCCAAUCCAAAUUUGUUCAGAGGCUUCUGCAAAGCAAAGAGUUGUCCAUGGUCAAUUGUUGCUAGGUUGAUGAAAGAAGAAAAGCAUGUCAAGAUUGCACAUGAAAAAUUGUAUGGGACAUGGGAAGACAGUUUUGGGAAUUUGUUUAACUUUAAGGCAAUGGUUGAGCUUAAAAUGCCAGGGAGCAUGGUUGAGAUAGGGUUGAAAGAGACCGAAGAUGGGGUGUACUUUCAAAGAUUUUUUUAUUGCUUCAAGCCUGGUAUCAAUGGCUUCCUAAAUGGGUGUAAGCCAUAUUUAAGUGUAGAUGCAACGGCUCUUAAUGGUAGAUGGAAUGGACAGCUAGCUUCAGCAACUGCAUUAGAUGACCACAACUGGAUAUUUCCAGUUGCUUUUGGGUUGUUUGAAAGCGAGACCAAUGAAGAACGGAUUUGGUUUAUGGAGCAGCUAAAGAGGGAAAUUGGAAGUUCACCUCAUUUAGCUAUUUGUUCAGAUACAUGCAAGGGGUUGGAGAAUGCUGUGAAGGCAGUGUUUCCAUUGGUAGAGCACAGAGAGUGCUUUUUCCAAUUGAUGAAGAAUUUUUCUAAGAGGUUUCAAGGUCCAAUUUUUGGACACAUGUAUCCUGCAGCUAGGACAUUUUGUCCAAUUUAUCAUGAACACCUAAUGCACAAGAUGUAUGAAGCAAAUGACAGAGUUCAACCCUUCUUAGAGACAUAUCACAAACUACUUUGGAUGAGGAGCAAAUUUUCUGAAGAGAUCAAAUGUGAUUAUAUUAUAAACAAUACUGCAGAAGUAUGGAACAGGUGGGUGAAGGACCUUAAGGACCUUCCAAUAGCCGAGCUAGUUGACAAUCUGAGAUCGAAGUUCAUGGAGCUCUAUGCAAGGAGGAGAAAUAUAGGUGAAAGAUUGGAAGGCCACACUAUGCUUUCAAUUGUUGUUCGUCAUCUCAAUGUUCUUAGUAGAAAAUUGGGCCAACUGAAGGUUAAAGUAGGUGGCAUGGGUGAGGCAGAAGUGACUGGGAUCACAGAUAGAUACAAGGUAAUUAGACAUGUGGUGGAUCUUGAGCAACACACUUGCUCAUGUAAGGAGUGGCAAGUCUUGGGGAAACCAUGCCCACAUGCAUUAGCAGUGAUAACUUCACGUAGAAAUCCUAAAAUGGAAGAUUACCUACAUCCUUAUUUUUCAGUGAGUUUAUUUAGGCUAGCAUAUGCACGGGUAAUUAGCCCAUUUCCUGACAAGUCUCAGUGGCCUAGCAUGAACCUUGGCUUCAAGGUGUUACCUCUUUGCAUAAACGAGCUCCAAGGAGACCGAUGGAAAAUAGAAUACCAAGAUGCUUGGAAGGAAGAGUCGUGCAAAGGGACGACCUUUAGGUGGGAUGCAUGUCAGUGCAUGCCAAAGGCAGGAGGCAGUUGA